UCCACGGUUUGUCUACACACGCAACUAGAACAGGACUACCAGUUUAGUUAGCAGGACUCAAGGGGAGUAGAUGGCUGUCGGGAGGCCUGCAGGUCGUCACGAGUCCAUGGUGAAAUGUUAAUCACUGUGAGUGGGUCGAAGACACCUCGCGGUACCGUCAUCAUCGGCCCAGCUGUGGAUCCCACACUGGCGUCCACUGUGUCCCAACACAAGAACCUUUCAAGAACCUCCACCAGCACCGCGCGGAAUACCAAUCAAUGGCGGUCGCUUGAGCAGCUCGCCUGUGGCCGCCUGACAGGCUUCUUUUCUCGCCUCACCUCCGCGCACACGCACCGUUGAACCUGAAGAACCAGUUAGCCUGAAAAAUCCUCUUGACUCACAGGAAACACUUUCACCCGACCAAUUCCUGGAAUCAUUGUAACCGCCCGUCAGCCCACGCGUGGAUUUUAACAUGACGAAUAGUUCGAAUACAAGUUUAAAAUCGUCACACUUGAAGAACAGAACACCACAAUGCCGGUUUAUCGACCUCAUUCAGGAGCUCGAUAGCGUUGCGGGAAUUAGCCCGUGGCCGUCUUACCGUUCUCUAGGACAUCCGUUGCCAAUGGAGCUAAAUUGGGUCCUCGAUUCAAAGCAGAUGGAUGACGGGAGCGCGAUCAGGCGGCGCCUCUUCGGGAAGCCCUUUGACGGAGGCAAGAGGAUGGAGCACGGGGGGCCGCCGCCGCAGCAGCCAAUGGCGACGGAGCAGCCGCCGCAGUACCCGCCCCAGCACCCCGCCAUGAUGCGGCUAUACGAAGUCCACCGGGAGCUGACGGCGCUGGGGCCCCAGGUGUGCACCUUCAGCGGCCUGCCCGACGACCGCGAUUACAAGCGUCUGGAGCGGGAGCUGACGCGCCUCUUGCUGGAGGUGGACCGCGUGGACACGGAGGGCAAGGCCGAGCUGCAGGGGGCACGCAAGCGGGCGGCGCAGGAGGUGGAGGGCCUGCUGCGCUACCUGGAGGAGAACGCCCGCCACCCGUCCCGCCUGGCCAUGGAGGAGCUGAGCGAGGAGGCGCGGCGGCUGGUGGAGCGGCGGGUGGUGGCGCCGCAGCGGGAGGGCGGCGCCGCCGACGUGGACGACGAGCUGGUGGAGGCCCUCCGGCAGCUGGUGCUGCGCCUCACCCAGGUGAAGACGGAGGGCCGCGUGCCGCUCCGGAAGGCGCGCUACCGGGCGCUGACCCGACUCUGCACCGUCCAGGACGUUCUGGAGGGCCGCACGCCGCAGCAGACGCUCUCGCUGCCGCUUUCGGGCGAAACGCACGUCGCUGUGCACUGCAUCAACCAGGUGAUGGCCAAGGUGAGCGUGGCGCGCGGCCAGCUGGUGGCGCUGCUGAUGGGCCUGAGCGGCCGCGACAGCUGCGCUCACUUGUCGCGGAUGCUGAUGGAGAUGCAGGUGGAGCUGGACGCUCUGGACGUGUCGGGGAACGCCGCCGUCAGGAACUACCGCAAGCAGGUGGUGGAGGAGAUCAACGGACUCCUCAAACAUUUGGACCUGGAGGGAGAAGGAGAGGACACGCGCAGGUACGACUUGGCGCAGAACAACUCCAUCCGCGAGAUCGAAGCGGUGCGCGCCCACGUGCGCCACCUGCGCGAGGGCGUGCUGCGCCACUGCGCCACGGGCGAGCCGGGCUUCCGGCCCAAAGCCGAGCUCCAGGGCCUGCUGACCCACCUGGACCAGGUGGACACGGCCAAGAACCCGUGCAUCCGCGAGGCGCGGCGGCGCGCCGUGGUGGAGGUGCAGGCGGUGGUCACCUUCCUGGACCUGCGCGAGGCGCUGACGUGCCGCCGCGCCGGGGAGGGCCCGGCCCACCGCGCCGUCUGGGCGGCGCUGGCCAGCCUGUCGGAGCUGCAGGCCCGGGUCCUGGGCUUCGACGGCAAGCGGGCCGACAAGAGCUACGCGGUUCUGGAGGAGCUGCUCACCGAGCAGCUGCUGGCGCUGGACGCCGUGGACCCGCACGGCGACGACGGCGCCAAGGUGGCCCGCAAGCAGGCCGUCAAGUUCGCGCAGAACAUUCUCAACUAUUUGGACAUGAAGACGGACGAGUGGGAGUACUGAGCGUGCCCGCUCGACGUCAAGGAUGGACUACGCUUCCCACAAUGCACUGCGGCACCGCUUUCCUUGUCAACCUGCUGAUCAAGACGCGUCCCCAACUCUCAAAACAAAUCCGCUCUGUGUGUAUGUAUGAAAGGGUACGUGUGUUUGUGUGUGCGCACAAGUGUGUGUACCUGUGCAAGGUUGUGUAAAUGUGUGCACAGGUGUAUGUGUGCACAGGUGUAUGUGUGUGUGUGUGUUGAAGCUUCUUUUGAACGGUCCUCACUUAAAGCAAAACAGGAAGUGACCUUGUGAACUGGGUUAGAAAAACAAAAUGGACAUCUUUCACCAAAUGUCCCCUUCGACUAUCGUGAAAAUCAGCGAUCGAUUGUCCUUUUGAACUGGAAAAUCUCCCUCGGAAUGUUCUGAACUCUUUGUUUCCACGGAGGCGCGAUUAGCGUGGAUGUAGCUCCGCGUCCUCGAGGUUGAGCUCGCUUCGACGGCAAGCUAGCCGGGCGGAGGACGGCGCCGCCCGGCGGCAGGCGAGCGCUCGCCACGGCGCCGUCCGUCAAUGGAUUCCGCGCAGUCGGGCAGAAUUCCCGGCGGAUGCUCGGCCUUCAAACGUUUGAAGUCGGAGACAAAAAGAAGAAAGACGCCAACGGAACCUUUGAAUAUCUCCGUGCCUUCAUGUUCACACUUCUCUCGCUGCUCCAGCAGUCGCUUUGUACCAUGUGAGCGGACGUGCACGUGACACGUGCAUACCAGAAUGCCAAGUGACGGGGACAGACCUGUGUGUAUACCAUGUGACCAGAUGCGUGUACAUGAUUUGUGUACCAUGUGACCAGACUUUUGUGCGUCGUGUGUCCAUCACGAGACCGGACGCGUGUGCACCCUGUCGGCCGGACUUCGGUCUAUCGUGUGCGUGUGCGUGUGUACCAUGUGACAGACAUGCAUCGACGCACAUACAUUUAGAGCACAAGAACGUUGCACUAGUGUAUUUUAAGAGGAGUAUUUCUAUUGCACAAAAUGUACACAAUUGAGCUUUAAAUGUCUUGAGAUAAAAAACAAAGUAAUGUAUUGAUUCGCUUGUGUCCCGUUACUUUUGUCCAUAUGGUCAGCCCCAACAUCGAAAAAACAAAAAGUAGUGGAGGUGAAGAUGACUGGGAUGUGUUUCCUGCAUCUUCUUUUGCCUUUUUGUGUGCCCUUAUUGCUCGUAUUCAUGAAAGUGUUUCCAGACUCGACGUGUGACGGAUUGUUGUAUUUUUGGGCACUAAGGUUUCAAUCCUAACGUUGACAACGCCUUCCGACUUGUACCAAACGUCUUCCAUGCAAAAGUCCAAAGGAAGGAGAAACCUCCCCGGUAGGCGCAGUUACCGCAGUAACCGUAAAGCUGCGUUGUUGUUCCCUCAAUUCAAUGUGCUGCUUUUUUCUCAUUAUUUUGUUGAUGGCAAUGUGGGACUUUUUUUUUUUUUUUUUGAUAUUUCACACAUGAUGUACAAAAAACACUGACGGCGUUUAGAAGAAAGUUUGUUUGGACUUGCUGCCGAAAUAAACAUUGCAUUGUCACGCUUUA